AUGUCGAGUAUAUGUGAGUCGAUUUUAAGGGUUUUGGCACUGCUGCUAACGCUUGCGGCAGCCAUUGUGAUUGGGGUAAAUAAGCAGACCGAGUUCCUCCCUGUUCAGUUUACCCCAGCCUUUCCUGUUGUCGACGUUGCUUUCAAAGCUAAGUGGUAUUACUUGUCUGCCUUGGUGUAUUUGAUGGUGGCAAACAUAGCAGCAAGCGCAUACGCAGCAAUUUCGACGCUCAUCGUGUUAGCAACCAGAACCGCUGAUAUAGGGUUUGCCCAAACCAUCAUCAUCUUCGAUGUGACCGUCGUCGGGUUGUUGUUUUCGGCCAAUGGGGCUGCCUUGGCCGUCGGUAUCAUCGGCUACAAAGGGAACUCUCAUCUUCAAUGGAACAAAGUCUGCAAUGUUUUCGACAAUUUCUGCGACAGAAUCGCCAUUUCCAUUGUUAUGUCUUUGGUCGCUUCCUUUGCUUUCAUUGGUUUGGUUGCAUUGGCUGUUCUGUCUUUGCAGAAGAGAUUUGCACCUAGAAGUUAAAAAAUAAUGGUAUUAUUGUUUGAUGUUUUAUUAUGUAAAGA